AUGGGAGAAUUAUGGUCAGUGGAAGAGCCGAAGGUGGUCCAUGCCUUCGUGGAUGAUAGCUACAGGCUUUGGUUUGUUUUUUGCAAUAUCAAUGAUUCCUUGAAGACUCGACUGAAUCGGUUAUGUCUUGCCAUUUCAACUGUUGUUUCACCAAGUCAAGACCGAUUCGAGAAGAACUCAGAGAUUAAGUGUAACAGCUGGUUAACUAUUGUUCUGGCGUCAUCUGAUUUUUGCCUUGGCCCGUUCGUGUUUGUUGAAGCCCUGAUUCUUGGUCGUAUGCGAUUUGCAAUGUUUGUUGCUAUUUAUGGUGAAGAUGACUGCAAAAUCUCCUUUGGGCAACUGAAAAAGUUUACCUGGCGUGAAAUGCAGCUUGCAACUGACAAUUUCAGUGAAAGCAAUAUAAUUGGACAAGGUGGCUUUGGUAAAGUUUACAAAGCCAUUCUUCCAGACAAUACAAAGGUUGCUGUGAAACGUCUCGUGGAUUAUCAUAGUCCUGGUGGGGAGGCUGCAUUCCUGAGGGAAGUUCAAUUAAUAAGUGUUGCAGUACAUCGGAAUCUUCUUCGGCUGAUUGGAUUUUGUACAACCAGAUCUGAAAGAAUUCUUGUUUAUCCAUUCAUGCAAAAUCUCAGUGUUGCUUAUCGUCUAAGAGGUACAUACUCAGAAGCACUAUGCUGA